AAGAUGACCGACAUCAUUUCUUUCACGGCUGCGUUUUCCACCGCUCGUGUAUGACAAACACCAAGGAACACGGCUGUGUGUUUGUGUGAAUUGCCUGUCUUCUCAAAAGCCGCUACCGUCGAUGAAAGACCCCAUGAGGAAAAUGCGAAAAAAGUAGUUCAGCGUCUCGGGCAACAACUCUUUUUGUUCCCUCACUGCAGCUAAGCGACAGCAACGAAGAACGCAACAUUUGACUGAAGUGUGAACACGGCAGCCCAGCUCCACGAGAGAGGUAAUCAUGCGAUUAACAGGCCCCAUGCGAGCUGUGGCUGUGCUGCUCUUGGUUGGACUCAUAUGGCUGCUGGCAAGCGCAAUGUUUGGAGAAGAAAGUGCUGCUUUUGUGCAUCAUUUCCUCAAUAGUGCAAGCCAGGAACCAACCCAUGCUGAAGUUCGACCACGAAGGUAUAAAUGCGGCCUUUCAGCAGCAUGCCCCCCCAAACAUCUGGCUUUCCGCCUCGUAUCGGGAGCUGCCAACGUCAUUGGGCCCAAAAUCUGUCUGGAGGAUAAGAUGUUAUUAAGCAGCGUGAAAAACAACGUUGGCAGAGGAUUAAACAUUGCUUUGGUGAAUGGGGUGACAGGCGAACCUUUGGAAACAAAGACCUUUGACAUGUGGGCAGGAGAUGUUUCUGACCUAUUGAAAUAUCUCCGACCGCUCCACGAGGGAACACUGGUGUUUGUGGCCUCCUUUGAUGAUCCAGCUACAAAGUUGAAUGCAGAGUCUCGGCGACUCUUUGAGGAGCUCGGGAGCACUGCCGUCAAGGAAUUAGCUUUUCGGGACAGCUGGGUGUUUGUUGGUGCCAAGGGCAUCGACAACAAGAGUCCAUUUGAACAGCGGAUGAAGAACAGUAAGAGCAGCAACAAAUACGAAGGAUGGCCAGAGUCACUGGAGAUGGAUGGCUGUAUUCCCUUACGGCCUGCUGUGGAAGUUUAAUUCAGUCCUUUGCAGUAAACGUUUCAAUUACAACCGACCACCUGACUGAUUGAAGCCAAGGAGCAACUGAAUGUGCACCCUGAUUAAGUCACACACACAGAUCGUGGUCGCGGGAUGUGAUCUUGAAAGUAGUAAAUGUGGGGAGUGCUUGUGAAAGAUUUUCGGAUAAUACGGAAGCAAUGUGUGUGGGCAAGGUUGUAAAAGGGAAAUUUGAGAGGUGAAGAUCUACUACCAAAGGAGCUGGAGUCGGUCUUCCUUGAAAAGAAAGUGAUACUUCUCCCUGCCAAAAAAC